GUUUCGACCGUUGCGGUCGCGCUAUCAUUACAAUUUUUCAAAUUUUAACAGAUACAAGAAUGAGUUUUACUAUAAGACUGUACAUUAAUUACUCUGUAUCAAUUUUAUGAAUGAUUGAUUUUGGAAAUAAUUCUUUCCUCAAGAAAAUUGACGGAUUGUUAUGACAGCGCGACCGCAGCAGUCGAAACGCUCUGCGAACUACCCUUUGGAGAAUGAAUUUAUUAUUGCAUCCAAUAGCUAUAGUUGUUUAUUAGCCACCAAUAACAUAUAGAGCUCGUGUUAAUGGCCAGUGUGGCCAAUGUCAGUAAUGACAGAUAUCAGUUAUGGGGUGGAUGCUUCGCAGAAGAGCCGUCCGAUGCACUACGGCGACUCAACGACUCUCUAGCGGUGGACUGCCGGAUGUUCCGUGAAGAUAUCAGUGGCAGCCAGGGCUGGGCGCUUGAACUUCAUCGCAGUGGGCACUUGAACGACGACGACUACCUGGCCAUUAAACAGGGAUUACAAAAGGUAGCACAAGAAAUAGAAGAUGAACUCUGCAAAUACGGAAAGUUGAGCGAUAUUGAAGAAGACAUACACUCAGUGGUGGAGCGGAGGCUUCACAAACACGCGGGGGACGCGGCACUCAAGCUGCACACUGCCAGAAGCCGCAACGACCAAUCAGCCACUGACACGCGGCUGUGGAUGUUAGCUUCCUUUCAAAAACUAUCGGACGCACUAAAAGAUCUUAUCGCGAUUUUGGCAAAUCGAGCGGAGAAAGAAAUAAAUAUAAUCACUCCAGGUUACACUCAUCUUCAACGCGCACAGCCAAUAAGAUGGAGUCAAUUUCUUUUAAGUCAUGCCUGGGCUUUUCACGGCGAUGUCACCAGACUGGAGGAACAAAACAAGCGCUUAUCUAUAUGCCCCCUGGGCAGUGGUGCCCUUGCUGGUUGUGCGCUACCUAUCGACAGGACUAGACUAGCCCAUAGCUUGGGCUUCCAAGGCGUAACGCCUAACUCAAUGUUUGCAGUUUCAUCCAGGGAUCAUAUAGUGGAAUUUUUGAAUUGGUCGGCGCUAUGUGGAGUCCAUCUUAGCAGAAUGUCCGAGGAUUUGAUCAUAUACAGCUCACAAGAGUUUGGUACAGUACGUCUCUCGGAUCAGUUCUCAACUGGCUCCAGCUUGAUGCCCCAGAAACGCAAUCCCGAUGGCUUGGAAUUAGUUCGCGGAGCGGCAGCACUCCUGUUAGCAGACUCUGUUGCAGUUAUUUCUACUUUGAAGGGUCUACCGAGCACAUACAAUAAAGACCUUCAAUCAGAUAAAGAAAUACUUUUCAGAUCUUACGAUAAACUUGCCGACUGUCUCAAAGUUAUAAACGGAACUAUUGCCACAUUAGAAGUAAAUGCUGAGAAGGCCUUAGGUACCUUGGAGCCGACGAUGUUAGCAACAGAUCUUGCCCACCUCCUGGUCCGGCGCGGAGUGCCGUUCCGGCGCGCUCACCAUCAUGUCGGAGCCCUCUUGCGCCGGGCUGCUGAAUUAGGAACGGAUUUACUGAACCUCCCUCAUCAUGAAUACACUUCUAUUUGCCCCGAGUUUGGGAAAGAAACAGACGUUCAAUCAAUAUUUUCUUGGGAGGCGAGUGUAGAGCAGUACACAAGUUUAGGGGGCACGGCGAAGUCAGCUGUCGAGCAUCAAAUAUCGCUGCUGCGGAGGUGGCUUCAACAACCGUGACUUGUGUAACGAUUUAUAUAUUAAUAAAAUCUAUGACAAAUCAAAUUAUGUCAUUGUAACUACCCUACAAAAGGCAAUUAUAGUAACUGUAUUAUAUUACUAGCUUUUGCCCGCGGCUUCGCCCGCGUAAAUUUCAUAGCAAAAUCUCAGUAUGUUUUUUAUCGCGCACCUAUAAGACUGGUAAACAUAUAUGAUUCAAAUUCGCAUUUUUUCUCAUCUUUAGUUCAAAUUCCAGUUUCCCGCUGCGUGUCUCGUCUCGCAAACUUGUCCAAUCCUGCUUCCUGCUAUGUAUGUAAUGUAAAGAAAAUAUUUCGUUCGAUUCCCACUACGUACCUCCUUCCCAUUUCCCUAUUUUCUAUGACGUUUUACGUCCCGGUUUUGUAUUAACCACAAACUUAAACAUUUUUUGUAUUUACUAUUACUGUUAUUUAUUACAUAAAGUAAGUGUGCCAAUUUUCAGCCUUUUAUCUUGAAAAUUGUAUUAAGUCUCAUACAAUCUUUCACCCCCCCUUUUGAAGGGGUUGAGGGUUAAUUUUCAGAAAAAUCUGAAAUACGUAUUCAUUGCUUUGUUGUAAACAACCAAAAUCCAAAUUUUCAAGUCAACUAUUUUGUUCAAGUCAAAUUUUCAUUUCAACGGUGUAGAACUUUCAUAUUUACAAUUUUUCACCCCUUGCACCCCCUUCGGAGUUGAAUUUCCAAAAAUCCUUUCUAAGUGCUCACCUAUAUGCCAAUGUUCAGGUUCCCGCCCAGCAGUUUCGGGUGUACGUUGUCUGUCAGUCAGUCACUCAGUAACGGAAGAGUUUUAUACUGAUAUAUUGAUACAUACUGCGCCCACCCUCUUCUGUUAUCCUCUCUCACUUCCCUAAGCCUGGGUGGAAGAGACUGCUUAGCAAUAGGCCCACCAUUGGUCUAUAUGUAUGAACAAUUGUAUUAUUUUGUACUAAUAUUGUUUUAUGGGAUAUUGCAAUAAAUAUAUUUUGUAUUGUAAA